UUCUGAAAAUCCAUCAACAUAAAAAAUGGAAAAAUCAAUCUAAACUCCUCCAUCUCACUCAACACUCCAAAGUACGAGUAUCGCAUCCCCGAUCGCACCCAUGACAAGUAAAACGGCGGCGCCAGCCGAGGACAUGCAGCCGCAGCCGCAGCCGGAGCCGACCAAAAGGGGAGCCGUGCUCGUCACCGGCGCCAACGGCUUCAUCGGCUCGUGGCUGGUCCGCGCCCUCCUGGACUCCGGCUACCCCACCGUCCGCGCCUCCGUCUUCCCGGGCUCCGACGCCUCCCACCUCCUCGCCCCCCGGGCGCCUCCCCCCCGCCUCCUCAUCUCCGAGGCCGACGUCCUCGACGCCGCCGCCGUCGCCCGCGCCGUCGACGGCUGCGCCGGCGUCUUCCACGUGGCCUCCCCCUGCUCCCUCGAGGCCCCCGCCGACCCCGAGCGCGAUCUCCUCCGCCCCGCCGUCCAGGGCACCCUCAACGUCCUCGAGGCGGCGAGGCGCGCCGGCGUCCGGCGCGUGGUCCUCACCUCCUCCAUCUCCGCCCUCGUCCCCAACCCCGGUUGGCCUCCUCACAAGCCCUUCGACGAGUCCUCCUGGACCGACCUUGACUACUGCAAGCCUCGCCAGAAAUGGUAUCCGGUGUCAAAAACUCUGGCAGAGAAGGCGGCGUGGGAGUUUGCGGAGAAGCAUGGACUGGAUGUGGUCGCGAUACAUCCGGCCACGUGCCUUGGCCCUCUAUUGCAACCAGGUCUCAAUGCAAGCAGUGCCGUGUUGCUGCAGCUGCUUCAGGGAUCGACGGAUACUCAGGAAUAUCACUGGCUCGGGGCCGUUGAUGUUAGAGAUGUGGCCAGGGCACAGGUCUUGUUGUAUGAGACACCGGCAGCAUCUGGUAGAUAUCUCUGCACAAAUGGUAUCUAUCAGUUUGGUGAUUUUGCUCAAAGGAUCGCGAAGCUCUUCCCUGAGUUUCCUAUCCACAGGUUUACGGGAGAAACCAAUCCGGGUUUGGCAGCAUGUGAAGAUGCAGCGAAGAGAUUGAUCGAUCUGGGGUUCUCCUUCACGCCUCUUGAAGACGCCAUCAGAGAGGCGGUCGAGAGCCUCAAAGCAAGAGGUUACUUGCAAGGAUAAUCACGUUGUUAGGGGUUUUUCUUCUUCUUUUAUUUUGCUAAACUAAACUAAUCGCAGUGUUUCAGUUUUUAUGUUUGUUUAAUCCCUCGGUCCUCUGAGCAAACGAGUAAAGGUGCUUCUGUAAUCAUAAGUUUAAACUUCUUUGCGAAGCGUUCUUCCAAAUCAUGCCCUCUCUUUUGGCUGCACAUGCAAGUGCAACUUGUAUUGUAGCCUUAAAGAUUGGAACUUGUACAGAAUAAUGAUUCUGCAUCCGCAGAGAAUGAAUAUUCAAUAGCAAUUUGAACAGGGUCUCUGCUGCUAA